AGCGCCGCCGUUGCCAGAGGCUCGGCGGCCGCCGGACGGGGCGGACGUCGGGGCGGCGACUCCCGGAGCGGCGGGGGGUGGGGAGGAGGCGCUAUGGCCGACGUGUUCCCGGGCUCCGAGCCCGGCGCCGACCCGGAGGCGGCGCGGCGCUUCGCUCGCAAGGGCGCCCUGAGGCAGAAGAACGUGCACGAGGUGAAGGAGCACAAAUUCAUCGCGCGCUUCUUCAAGCAGCCCACCUUCUGCAGCCACUGCACCGACUUCAUCUGGGGAUUUGGGAAGCAAGGAUUCCAGUGCCAAGUUUGCUGUUUUGUGGUUCACAAGAGGUGCCAUGAGUUCGUUACCUUCUCCUGUCCUGGGGCUGACAAGGGGCCUGACACUGAUGAUCCCAGAAGCAAGCACAAGUUCAAGAUCCACACCUAUGGGAGCCCCACCUUCUGUGACCAUUGUGGCUCCCUGCUCUACGGGCUCCUGCACCAGGGCAUGAAGUGUGACACCUGUGACAUGAACGUUCACAAGCAAUGUGUGAUAAACGUCCCAAGCCUCUGUGGCAUGGACCACACAGAGAAGAGAGGGAGGAUUUACCUGAAGGCUGAAGUCAUUGGUGACAAACUGGAAGUUACAGUGAGAGAAGCAAAAAACCUCAUUCCCAUGGAUCCAAAUGGACUUUCAGAUCCUUAUGUCAAACUGAAGCUCAUCCCAGAUCCUAAGAAUGAAAGCAAACAAAAAACAAAAACCAUCCGUUCUACCCUGAAUCCUGACUGGAAUGAGUCAUUCACGUUUAAAUUAAAACCUACAGACAAAGAUCGCCGGUUAUCCGUGGAGGUCUGGGACUGGGAUCGAACCACCAGGAAUGAUUUCAUGGGGUCGCUCUCUUUUGGGGUGUCAGAGCUUAUGAAAAUGCCAGCCAGUGGAUGGUACAAGCUGCUGAAUCAAGAAGAGGGUGAAUACUACAACGUUCCAAUUCCAGAUGCUGACGAUGAUGGAAAUGCAGAGCUCCGACAGAAGUUUGAGGACUGUCAUGUAAAUAUCCACUUCUUCAAGAAAGCCAAACUUGGGCCAGCUGGUAACAAAGUCAUUACUUCAACAGAAGACAAGAGCUCAAGUGUGCCAUCCAACAAUCUGGACAGGGUGAAGCUGACAGAUUUCAACUUCCUCAUGGUUCUUGGAAAGGGGAGCUUUGGGAAGGUGAUGCUGGCAGACAGGAAGGGCACAGAGGAGCUCUAUGCAGUCAAAAUCCUGAAGAAAGACGUGGUGAUCCAGGAUGAUGAUGUGGAGUGCACCAUGGUGGAGAAACGAGUCCUGGCACUGCAAGAUAAGCCCCCGUUCCUGACACAGCUGCACUCUUGUUUCCAGACAGUUGACCGGCUGUAUUUUGUGAUGGAGUAUGUCAAUGGUGGGGAUCUCAUGUAUCACAUCCAGCAAGUAGGAAAAUUUAAGGAGCCACAAGCAGUGUUCUAUGCAGCUGAGAUCUCUAUUGGGUUAUUCUUUCUCCAUAACAGAGGGAUUAUUUAUAGAGAUCUGAAAUUAGAUAAUGUGAUGUUGGAUUCAGAAGGACACAUUAAGAUUGCUGAUUUUGGAAUGUGCAAGGAGCACAUGUUGGAUGGAGUAACAACCAGGACCUUCUGUGGCACUCCAGACUACAUUGCACCCGAGAUUAUUGCUUACCAGCCCUAUGGGAAGUCUGUGGAUUGGUGGGCAUAUGGUGUGCUGCUCUAUGAGAUGUUGGCUGGCCAGCCUCCAUUUGAUGGGGAAGAUGAAGAUGAACUAUUCCAGUCCAUAAUGGAGCAUAAUGUUUCCUACCCAAAAUCACUGUCCAAAGAAGCAGUCUCCAUCUGCAAGGGGCUGAUGACUAAACAUCCUGCAAAACGCCUUGGCUGUGGCCUGGAAGGUGAAAGAGACAUCAGGGAACAUGCUUUCUUCAGGAGAAUUGACUGGGAGAAAUUGGAGAACAGGGAGAUUCAGCCACCUUUCAAACCUAAAGUGUGCGGCAAAGGCGCUGAAAACUUCGAUAAGUUCUUCACGCGAGGACAGCCGGUGUUGACGCCUCCCGAUCAGCUGGUCAUUGCCAACAUAGACCAAACGGAUUUUGAAGGGUUCUCUUUUGUCAACCCCCAGUUUGUGCACCCCCCUGUAGAAAAUGUAGCAUGAAACAGCAGAGCAGCAGAACGGGGAGCAGGUGUAACCCUACAGUUUUUAGGCUUUCGCCUCGUUGAUUCCAUUUGGGCCUGGAAGUUGUAGGGUUAGAGGGUGGAGGAUGAGGGAAGGGCCACUUAGUCAGGAUUUGGGCUUUGCAGCAGCAGUGUUGUCUUAACAGGAGGUAAAUUAGUGUACGGUGCCCACUUUUUCUUCUAGAAGUUGCCACUGACUUGUUGAAACUUACCCAUGUUUUGGUACGUUCUCUAUUUUGUAACUUCCCGCUGUCCUUUUGCUCCCUUUUCCACUCCCUUGUGUUGGAAAAACAUCUGACACGUGCUCUGAAUGAGAAGCCACCUCGAUAAAAUAAAUAAAUAUUUAUUUAUUUAUUUAUUCCUUGGGGGUGGAUGCUGGGAGGUGGGAGCUCCUCCCGGAGACCUCAGGGGCAGCACCAGAGACUGGGAGGGGAGAGCCAUUGCAAAAACAGCACUGAAAGGGUUUGAAAAAUAUGGCAGGGGAAAAAAAUAUAGUUGGGAAUGGGUGGGAGGGGGGAUGAAAUCAAAUUAGACCCCGAGGUUUGGUGAACUGAUCCUGUAAAAUCCCAAAUAAAAGCACUGGGGUGGUGGCCACGUCUCUAGGAUUUGUGCUAGGAGUAGCAUGUGAUAAACUCAAAGGUGAAAUUUUGUCUUUAAUAAUAAUAAUAAUAAUAAUAGUAAUAAUUUUAAUAAUACUUUUGUGAAUUUUUAAUCUCCAUGAGAUUAUUCUGUGAUCCAGGGUGCCAUUGUCUGUUCAGUUGGUUUCAUUUACACCACUCCUCAAGUUUACUGUUAACUGGUUCUAAUACCAAUAUUUUACUAUGAAAUUUAUUAACCUGGAAUGUAAAACAAAACUGUAAUUCCUUAUAUCUUAUUUACAUGUGUUUAUUUAUAGUCUGCAGUGUAGGACAGUAAAUUGAAAAAAGCGUUAUGUAUACUAAAUAAACAAAAAAUGCAGCCCCAAGUGACUUCCUGACUUCUCCAGAAUAACUCAUGAAAUUCAAGUGAGAUUUAGUCUUAAAUAAUCGGUUUUAAUUCAGAAAACUUUGGGCUGUAGAAUAAUCGAGCCUGAAAAAAGCAGCACCUAAAACUGGUUUUAUUGAUAGAAUGGAAUUUAAUACGUUUUACAUAUGCUUCAUGCAAUGAAUUUUGCAUGUUUAGUAAUAACUCUUAAUAAUAAGGGUUAAUAAUAAGCAGAUCUGUAUUAUUGACAUAAUCGUAUCAAGCAUAAAGAGUAUUAUAAAAAUUUUAUAAAACAACUUGUGCUUUAUUUGUGAAAGUUCUUGUUCUGAAUGACACCAUUUAGAUUUAGCUAAAUGUUUUCUUGCUAUUGUUUUGAUUUUUACUUUAGGUUUUGAAUAUUGUUACUGGCUUAGGGUAUAAUCUCUUUUUUUUUUAAAGUAGAUAUACUUUUAAAUAAUAAUUGCUACCUGCAGGUUUUAUACGAGGUUCAAUUCGGCUUUCAUUUCACAUCUGCUUAUUACUUGCAGAGAAGGAAAUAGACUUUAUUUGCAACGAUGAACACUGUAAUUAAUGCAAUCUUCUCCUCUCCUAUCACUUAGAUAAAAAAUUUUGAUAUUUCCUCUUACUACUUACCAGAAGAUAUUAACUCAAAUAUCAGUAAAUAAUGUUUUGUGCAUAUUUUGGUUUUGUUACAGCAUGUAAAAUAGUAGUUGGUGCAUUUCCAUUUUUUUCCUCUCCUGCCUUGAUCCCAUUAGCAGCCACAGGCACUUUUUGUCUGUCAGAUGUGCAUGAUGAUGCCAGAAGCAUGAUGUCUCUGUUGCUGCAUGCAGACUGAUUACAAUUUUUCCAGCAUGUAAACAUAUUCCAAAAAAGUAAGAUAUUUGCCAUAAAAUCCUUCAAUUUAUACUAGAAUAUGUAACGGAGUGGGGUGGGAGGGGAACCUACUUUCUAACCAUCUUUUAUGACAAUAAAACAUGGAACCUGUGCCAAAGAUUCUGUCAGAAAGAUGCAAUCCUGCCAGGGUGGGGCCUGGGGGAGCCGGGCAGGUGUUGGGGGAGAUGGGGUUGGGUGUGAAGGGUGACAGUGGCACUGUGGGGCUCCUGCACCUGCAGGGCCCUUGGGAAUGUGGCUCUGGGGGAGGAUGUGCAAUUCUUUGGGGCCAGGGUGUGCAAUUUCCACACCCCAAAGUCCAAUUGUUGCCCUGUCUCAGGCCUUUUGUACCUCAGCUCCCACCAGGAGCAUCCUGGAGUGAUCAACCCCUGGCAUUCCAGGUGUGGCUCACCAGGGGCAUUGGCCAACUGACAGGAACUCAGACCUUGCCUAAACAGGACUCCAAACUUUCACACAUUUUAGGAGUAAAAUUUUUAAACUGUUCUGUGUCAAAUAUGUCGUCAUCCAAGACUGGGAGUUCAUUUUCUCCUUUGUGUAUUAUGUACUUCAAAAAUGAUGGUAUUCACCAUAAAGCAUGUGGCGUAAUGCAGCAUUCAUGACUUCUUUUCUUUUUUCAUUUUUUUUUCCUGAAUAUUAUUAGCCUGGCAAUGUUUAGUAAAAUGCUGUAGAAAACAAUAGGUUGAAUUAAGAUAACAGAUUACUGAGUCUCAGAUUUUAAUAAAGAAGGGGCUCUCAGCUAUGCCAGUCUGCCAAGAGGUGCCAUUGUGCUUGUUUUUAAAAUGUGAAGUGAAAAAAACACUUUGGAAAAAGGAAAAUACAGGGAGAAAAAUACCAGCAUACAGGUUUGGGGAGUAAACAAAGCAGAACAGGGGCAGAACUGAACCAAGCCAGAAACCAGGCAGGAACUCCCUUGGGUAGAUGUUACCACAGCUGUGUUUGCCUGAUGAAAUCUGAAUUGUCCAAGGAAGUCCCAUUGCUUGAAAUCUGAAUUUUCCAAGGAAGUCCCAUCUACCCAUCUGCCUUGGGUAGAUGUUGCCACAGUUGUGUUUGCCUGAUGAAAUCUGAAUUUUCCAAGGAAGUCCCAUUGCUGGCACAGCUGUGACAGUCGGGGCUGUUCACAGCAGGACAAAACAUCACAGGGCUGGUUUAACACUGGGACAGGGCUGGUUUAAAACUGGGACAGGGCUGGUUUAACACUGGGACAGGGCUGGUUUAACACUGGGACAGGGCUGGUUUAACACUGGGACAGGGCUGCUCAUUUUCUGCCUACUUCUCAUACCCAGUUUUUUCAGCCCUUGUGUUUUUCUCCCAGUUUUUCUGGUGUAGAAGCAGAAAUUCCUCUUCAGCAUCAUGACCUCGGGUCCCUGGGCUUGUGACAGCCGUGCUGUGUUCUGGAGGUUCCUGAAGCACUUUAGGAGAAGGUGCUGUGAGCUCCUGGGUGCUGCAGGAGCCAGGCAGGGUUGGACAAAGCAGGGAUUAUUGUGUUACCCCUCACUGCUCUCCUGAUGCCCUCACAUGCUCUGACCUUUCCCGACAACUCCCCCUGGCUGCUCAGAAUCCAGAAAUUUAUCAUGGCAAGGAAAACCUGAAAAACCCAGCCAGAACUUCCAUAUCUUUUCAGAGACAGAUGUUAUUUAUAUCAUAUUUCUCACAAGAUUUGGUUUUCUAGAGAACAUGUAUCAACAGAAGGAGAGGCAUUAGAGCUGCUUCUCUUUCACUUGUGUUUGGUAGCAAAUGUAAUCCCAACACCCACGUUGCCACCAAGAUUCCCAAAAGGCAAAUUGAAAACUGUGCUGCCCUGAAGCUGGGUGGGAAUUUUGGGAGCUGUAAUUGAAAAUGGUGCUGCCCUGAAGCUGGGAUGGAAAUUUUGGGAGCUGUAAUUAAUAAAUGGUGCUGCCUUGAAGCUGGGUGGAAGUUUUGGGAGCUGUAAUUAAUAAAUGGUGCUGCCCUGAAGCUGGGUGGAAUUUUUGGGAGCUGUAAUUGAAAAUGGUGCUGCCCUGAAGCUGGGUGGAAUUUUUGGGAGCUGUAAUUGAAAAUGGUGCUGCCCUGAAGCUGGGUGGAAUUUUUGGGAGCUGUAAUUGAAAAUGGUGCUGCCCUGAAGCUGGGUGGAAGUUUUGGGAGCUGUAAUUAAUAAAUGGUGCUGCCCUGAAGCUGGGUGGAAGUUUUGGGAGCUGUUUCCACCCCUGUGCUGAGUCCCAGGUGGUUCCAGGGCAGCCCCAUUCCUGCUGGGAGAGGCACAGGUUUGCCAUGUAAAACUUCCAAGGGGUUUUUAGGGAUCAAAUGGGACUUGACUGGCUCCUAAGCAAAUUCUGUCAUCAUUCAGGCAUCUGGAUGCUUUUGUGCACCUUUGAGUGACACUUUUGAGGAUGGUGGGAUUCCAGGACAACCAUUUCACCCACCAGCCUCAGUGCCCUGAGCAAGGCUGGCACAUAUGUGAGAAGGAGAGAGCACAUUCCUAUGAUAAAUAGUCCUUGUUAAUCCAGUUUGGAGGAGAAAUCCAAUUUAGCUUUCUGAUUUUUCAUUCUUUCCAGAAAUACAAUUGAAUUUCCUUUUACGAACUGCAGAAAGUUCUUCUGGAAAUCAGCUGUUAGUUAAAAAAAAACCUCAUCACGUCUGAAUGCUGCUGGCCUUUGAAAUCCAUCCUGUCUCUUGGGGUGAAUCCAAUUCAGUAAUUCUGGGCUUCUAUAAAAUUAAUAAGGUCGAGCAAGAGAGGAACUUGUCUUCUAGCUGGAAAGAUGGCACAUCCAAGGGUGGAGUGGUACCAGCUGAAAAGUGUUUUCUGAGCCAGUGCCUGUGGAUGCAAUCCCAGUGAAAUGCCAUAGGAGACACGGGCAGUGAGCAGGGGGGGCAGAUCCUCCUCAUUGUGCAAAGCACAGCAUUGGAAACAAUUAUUAAUAAUAAUAAUAAUCCAAUAAGAAAGCUUUGAUACCAGUAGAAAGCAUAUCUACAGUAUAUUGAGUUUACAGUAGGCUUUUGGACCUGCCAGGGAAACUUCUGGAAAUAUUUAAUGUGAUUUUCAGUUUAGUCAUUAGCAUAAGUUAUUGUACAUAGGGGUUUUGUCUCUUUGCAAACGUGAGUGUGGGCUGUGUUUGAUGUGUCCCCUCUGUAGGUGGGCACUGAGCUGCCAAGUAGUCCAAAAGUAGACUAAAAGCUAAAAAGCACUUUUUUCCCUCAGCCCCUCACUCAGACAGGAUCUGAAAUAGCUGAGUUGAAAUAAGUAAGAUUUGACUCCACAACAUGCACGACUCCCUCACUGUGCCAGUAACCACUGGGAAUAAAUGGCCUUACCAUGAAUAAUGGCCAUGCAGAGCCCUCCUGUUCAAUAACCGUGAGAGGAGAGGCCCCUUGUCAACCCCUGCUCCCUUAUCUCACUGCAGAGCGGGGUAACAGCACUCCCUGACCCACAGGGACGGGCGAGCACUUCUUGGGCAACGUUUCUAAUUCACUUUUAACCUGAAAAGAGUUGUGUAAGCAUUAUUAUCGUUUUUACUAUUCAAUCAGCUUCUGGGAUUCACAUGGUACUGCUGGCUAUGCCAUGCUGUUUCUACUUUUUUAUAGAACUUUAGUAACUCCGCUGAAACCGUUUGAGGAGAAAUAAAAUCAGAUCUGAGGCGUUUCUUACAGAACCUGGAGUGCAGCUUUUGUACCUGGAGUCAGGGUGUGAUGGGGAGGGAUGCUUGUGAUUGUGAGGGUCAGCUGCACUUACCUCUUUUCCAGCUACUGAGAUUUUUAUGUGCAAUUUUAAAAUUCCAUGUGGAUGGAAGUCUUAUCAGAACUGGUAACGGGAGGGGGAGAUUCCCUUUGGGUAAAUAAAGUCAGCACAGCUGUUUUUUAGCACUGUUUUUAGUGACUCCUGCGGAAGGAGGAGCUCUGUUCUUUGUGCAGCUGCUUUGUCCACGACAGGCUGAUAUUUUCUGUUGAUAUUUUAAUGUAUUUCUGUGUUGUAAAUGUGUCUUUGUGCUUAUUUUUUUUUUCCUUGUCUGUGACACCGUAGUUCAGAUUUAAAAGAAAACUGCUCCAGAAGCUGUUUUUUUAUUCCACUGAUGUCAGUUGACCUAAAUAAGUAAAUUAAGUCUGUUAUAUGAUUUGAAACAGUGCAGGAUGAGUAGCAACAACAUUGACACAGCUGCCAUUGAAGCUCAUUUCUCACUGGUUACAUUGGACACUCUGCAGCUGAUGUUUCAUUAGUUUUGUAAUUAAUAAUGACAGGAACGUUUUAAUAGAAAGGAAAACGAUGUUCAUGAUCUUUACAAACAUUUUGCUGAGAAGUAUUUGAAUUUCUUCUCCUUUUCUCUGAACCCCUUGGGGUGACACUGCCGAGGGUUCCUUCCAGAGAUUCAAACACUCCUGGGUUAAAAAUCUUCAAAUUAACAAACCAAAACCCCACUACAGCUUCCAAGGCACCCAGGGAACCACAGAGCUCCCCGAGUGCUUGGCCAACAGCCCCAAUUCUCUGAAAAUAUUAAUUAUGUGUUGUACUCACUAUUGGCCUUGCAGUAUAAAAACAAUGCUCUUGCAGGGGUAAUAAAAAUUUAAUCUAUGGCUCGUUCCCCAAACCUUUCAUUUGUUCUCUCCCAUGUUAUCAAAAGGUAUGUAAAAAAAUAAAUAAAUUUCAACAAAAUGAAGCUCGUUUGCUCUUUCUAAAAUGUGCAUUUCUCAACACUCUGUGGUUUUGCACAACAAUACAGAGAACACCUGAAACUUCUCAAAUGCCUGUAUGCUACUUAAUUUUUUUAAACAUUAAUGAACUCAUUAAUAUUUUUAAUGUUAGUUUUAAGACCCAGAUGUUUUAUUUAUAUAGAGGAGAACAUUAUUUAUUUUCAUGUCAUUUAUCUGCAAGAUGCUACCAGAAAAUUUGGAGAGGCCAUUCAUUUUUCAAAAGAUUUUUUUAAAAAACCCAACCAUUGGAAGCGUAGUGGGCAAGACUGAUGUACAAAUUACAGCAUCUUUUUUGUUUGUUUGUUUGUUCCAUAAUUCGCAGGAUCUUCAAUCUUUGUUUGCAUGAAAUGCUUUUGUUAAGUAUUAAUUGUAGUUUCAAAGCAAGCGUGUAUGAAUAAAAAUACUGAUCAUUACUUUUGUGAGA